AUGGAACUUUUUAGCAUUGGUGUACCUGAAAAUACUAGUCAUGUGAUUAGUGGAUAUAAAUCAUCUGGUGGAUACUAUGCCUAUACCAAACCUACAGAUAACCUUAAGAAAGAAGCAUUGGCAAAUAUACUUAACAAUUCUAAUAUUGAUAAAGAUUUAACAAAUAUUACAUCUGAAAGUAAGGAAUAUUUAAGUGAUAAUGAUAAUAAUUCACAAGAAUUUUAUAGAAAUUUUCAUACUACUCAUGAGAUUUUAGAUAAAAGCAUUACUUCUCACAAAUGGGCUCUUAAAAUUACUAAUAAUUAA